GACCCAGGGCCCAGGGCUUCUGUGGACUCGGACUUUUGAGCAGCAGGCCCAGCAAUGAAUAAAAAUCUGACAGGCUGUUCGGGCAAUGCUACGGUUUGCUAUGGUGAGUCCUGUGUGGUGCCUGACAGAGAUGACAGCGAUUUCAAUGCCAUCCUAAGUGUGGUCCUGAGUGCUGUGCUGACCACCCUGUUAGCCUUGGUGAUGUUCUCCAUGGGCUGCAACGUGGAAAUCAAGAAAUUUCUCGCACACAUCAAGCGACCAUGGGGCAUCUGUGUUGGUUUCCUCUGUCAGUUUGGAAUCAUGCCACUCACAGGAUUCAUCCUGUCAGUGGCCUUUGACAUCCUCCCCGUCCAGGCUGUGGUGGUGCUUAUUAUGGGUUGCUGCCCUGGAGGAACUGCGUCCAACAUCUUGGCCUAUUGGGUCGAUGGCGACAUGGACCUGAGUGUCAGCAUGACCACAUGUUCCACGUUACUUGCCCUCGGAAUGAUGCCAUUGUGUCUCCUUAUCUAUACCAAAAUGUGGGUCGACGCUGGGACCAUCGUAAUCCCCUAUGAUAAUAUAGGUACUUCUUUGGUCGCCCUUGUAAUUCCUGUUUCCGUUGGAAUGUUUGUUAAUCACAAAUGGCCUCAAAAAGCGAAGAUCAUACUUAAAAUUGGAUCCAUCGCGGGUGCAGUCCUCAUCGUGCUAAUAGCCGUGGUUGGAGGAAUAUUGUACCAAAGUGCCUGGAUCAUCUCUCCCAAACUGUGGAUUAUAGGGACAAUAUUUCCUGUGGCCGGUUACUCCCUGGGGUUUCUUCUGGCUAGAAUAGCUGGUCAGUCCUGGCACAGGUGCCGAACCGUCGGUUUUGAAACAGGAAUGCAGAAUACUCAGUUGUGUUCAACCAUCGUCCAGCUGUCCUUCACUCCUGAGGAGCUUAAUUACGUGUUCACCUUCCCUCUCAUCUACAGCAUCUUUCAGCUCAUCUUUGCAGCAAUCUUCUUAGCAUUGUAUUGGGUGUACAAGAAAUAUUAUGGAAAAAAUAACAUAGAAGUGACAGAAGACAAAGACAACCAGACAGAGCCCGAGUCAUCAAUCCAUAAGAUGAAUGGUGGAUUUCAACCAGAUGAAAUUAGACACCAAGUGAACCAAAAAGAAGAAUUUUAA